AUGGAAGGCAAGGUGAAAUCAUCCGUGAACAAGAGAGAGGAACCUCGCGAAGAACGCCUGACCUUGUUUACAAAUACCGAAGAAGAGAAGGAAACAACGCUUCACCUCAAACCCACCUAUGCGUUGGGACUUCGCUCAUGUGGUCGCACAGUCGUCGAUUUUGCUGGCGACUGCACGGUUAUUUAUCCUGUGGCCCACCAUUUGGUCAUGUACAACCUCGAAACUCGAGCUAUGGAUUUCUUUCAUCAUAUUCACCAUGUCAAGUGCAUUCAGAGCUUCCAGGUUUCGCCCAAUCGUGAGCUCUUGGCUGUAGCAGAAGUACUUCAACAGGGUAUCGGGCACGUCGGAGCACUUGGAGCUGCCGCCGCGAUGCCGCUUACAACCUCACCUUUAAAAGGGUCAAAUGUGGCACUGCAAAGCCUACUACGAGAUCAAGAAGCUCAUGCUCUUGCAAUCUACAAACUCGGUACGAAGACCCGAGUGAGAAAUAUACCUUUACCAGCCAACUCGAGCGUAGUAUCAUGCAGCUUUUCGACUGAUAACAAGUUUCUCGCGGUUCUUGAGGAUGCUCCGACACAUUCUGUAACAUACUGGAAGGUGAGCAAUUGCAAGCUUUUGGCCUCGGGCAAAUGUCCAAGUCGUGGCUCGCGAAUCCACAUCAGUCCUACCAACGCCAAUUUCAUCUCAGUUUCGGGGCCUGCUACACUCAAGUAUUGGGUUUGGACCAACAACGACUUCAAGAUCUCGAAUUUCCUACCACAACUUAAGGAUCAAGAACAUUUCGUCGACCACACCUGGUUGAAAGAGCACAUGGUCGCUCUCUCCGAGCGUGAUCUCCUGCUUUGCUUCCGUAUCGCGCUCGACGGGUGCAACGCUGAUCUCGUUCAUUCUUUUCGGUGUCAUCAGCCAUCUCACGUACGCAUGGAGUGCGUCACCGCUCAUGGGAAGGGAUUUGUUCUUGGUGGCUCGGCCGGUUUCUUCAGCAUCUUUGAAGCAUCGGACGAUCCGAAAGACCCUUUUCCAUUUGUGCGCUCCGUAUCGGUCGGUGACAUUGCGUUUGAUUGCAUCGCUGUCUCACCAAACUCGGAAACAAUCGUAGCCUGCUCAAAAAGUCGAGAAUUAGUCACCUUUUCUAUGAGCGCGAUUGAUACCGGACAGGAAGACAAGAUUGAGUUCCGAGAGCUGAUUCGUCAUAGUCAUCAAAUUGGUCCUGUAUUACAAGUAGAUGUAAGUGUGCAGAGGCCAAUUGUUGUGACUUGCGGUACCGACAAGACCGUGCGAGUGUGGAAUUUCGAGUUGAAUCACUAUGAACUGCUAAGUCAGUGUCCCGAAGAACCCACCACGGUUGCAGUGCAUCCGUCUGGAUUCCAGCUCGUUGUAGCCUUCAAGGAGCGAGUUCGUGUAUAUCAACUCUUACAAGAGAGUUUGCGGCAAGUUAAAGAGCUCGCUACCAAGGCUUGUCGCUUUGUUCGAUACGCACACGGUGGCCAUUUGUUUGCUUGUGCCUCUGGUCUUACAGUCAAAACCUUCCGUACGUACACGUUCGAGGCCGUCCAUACAUUCUCCGGCCAUAUUGGCGCUGUACGAUGCUUGAGCUGGAGUCGUGACGAUGUCUAUCUCUUCUCGGCAGCGCAUGAUGGAUCAAUAUACCGUUGGGAUAUCAGCACAGGAUUGCGAAGUGAAGAAAUGCAGCACGUGGUAAAACACUGUCAAUAUGCAGCAUUUGUCGUGGACCGAAAUGAUCCCAGCGUUGUGGUGGCAUCUGGAAGCGAUGGCAAGAUCCGUGAGAUCACUGGGGGUGAAGAGACAAAGAGCUAUGAUCUUCCUGCGGGUACUGUAAUCACCUCCAUGGCUUUGAUGAAGGAUUGCAGGCGUCUAUUCGUCGGUACCAAAGCAGGGAGCAUACUAACCUACCCGUGGCCACUACGCAACAAGGGUGUUGCUGAAUAUUUCGCACACGCGGAAGGGAUAUUACACUUGCGCGUGACAGAAGACAACGAGCAGCUAAUUACAUGUGCGGAGGAUGGCAGUGUUGGCAUCUUUAAGAUACUAAACGGUGGACUACAACAUCAAGAAAAGGACGAUUCGUGUGGAACGCGAACAUCUCGCACGGGUGUAUCGACUGCUAGACCCGUGUCAUCAUCAGCUUCAGCAGAGCGUAGGAAAGCAGGGGAAACCUACACCGACGCCGUACUGGUAGCGCGUGAUGACCUAGAGGAACGACGUGCUGAGGUGUUGGAAUGGCGACUACUACAUGACCAAGUGAAAGCGGACGUCGAGUUUGCACUGCAUCGGAAAGAAAACGAGUGGAUCAAUCGCCUGCACGUGCUGAAGGAAGAGUCCGAGCAUCUUGUUGUCCAGGAACGCGUGCGUUAUGAAGAAUUAGAAGCGCGUCAUCAACUGGCGACAAGGAAACACACAGAAGAGUUAACGCAGCUUGAAGCACAUCACGUCAAGAUGACCCAAGAGCUGGAAAACCAGUACGAACGGAAGCUCGCACAAGAGAUGGCUCGGUACGACGCUCUGUCGGAGACCUUAGAGCAGACACGACAACGAUGCGAAGCGCUGAUGGAGGCUCAAGAUAGUCAAAAUCGCGGUACGUUGCAUGCAGAGCGGAAGGCAGCCUACACACGCUCCAAGGAGCAGAACGAGAUCAUCAAACGCUUACAUGAAGAUCUCAAAUACAAUCACGUCAAGUUUGAAGAAGUCUUGCACCAAGAGGAGACGGAUUACGAGUACGAGAUGCAGAAGAUGCGAGCUGAGUUUACUACCCAGCUGGAAAACGAACGUCAGAACACCGCAGUGAAGCAGGGACAAGUGAGUGCGGCGAAUACGAGGCUCGAGUCGCUCAGAAGGAAGAUGCAGGAGCUGGAGGCGGCGUCGCAUGCUCGUGAUGUGCUUUUGUCGACAGAGCGAGCAAAACUGGCACGACUUGAGGCGACAUUGGCAAACUAUGAACGGCAUUUUGAAGUAUGUCGAGGCUCGAGUCAUGAAAAGGAAAAAACAAUCACCGGGUUGAAGUCGGACAACCGCGUCCUCGAGAACUUCCGCUCAGUGCUUUCUCAUCGUAUCGACGGGCUUGAAACCGAGCAAGUACCGAUGCAUGAGCACUUGCACGCUUUGGAAUCAAAGAUCAGUGAGAUGCAAGCGGAACUUGCUGACGAAUACCUAGCCAAGGCAGAGGCGCAACAGGAAACGGAGACUAAAGACGCUAAAAUUCGAACCUUGUUGCACGAGGUCAAAACGCUGCGUCAAAACUCGUUGAAGAAGGAGUAUUCCGUUGGUGAAAUGACUCGUGAGUUCACGCGUCUCACUCAGCUCACCAACUACAAAGACUUGGAGAGUGCUGUGAAAGACGCCUACAAAGUGUACGUCAUGGGAGAAACUUUGCAUAAGAAACCUCCUCGAGCAAUAUUCUCUACUACCAGUACUGCGGCAAGUACCGCCCUGCCAUUUUCUCCUGGUGGUGGUGGGUUUUAUUCACCAGCAAAAACGACCACAACGUUCAACACUAAAGCGUCCCAUGUGCAGUCGAAGCAACUGCAAUCGUCUACUGCUACCCCUGCCAAUGUGAUGGCGUCCGUUGUAUCCGAUGAAGCGCUAGGAUACGACUGCAAACAGUCGGUGGACGAGUCGGUCAAGCAAAUGGAGUUUAUGAGUAAAACUAUCCAAACUCUGCGGACAGCACUGGAUCAUGCGAAGACGCAGACCGACCGCGUCCGACGCGACUCUGUCGCUGAAGGUAGCAUGCUUAUUGAGGAAUGCAACAGCUUGCGGAAAGAGAACAAACAAUUGCAAGUCCUGAUUCGUGAUCUGAAACGCGCUCUGUUCAUCACAAACAGGAAGUCCAACAACUUUGAUGGCGAGCGAAUGUCCGGAUCGCUCAGUCUUUCGAGCCCGCAAUUGCGUCCUGCUUCACCGUCACAAACGCCUCACCUCGAUCUGGCGCUUGAUGUCACUGCAGGGAGUGGACUUAUGAGUCUAGCGCCCUUGCCCACAGGACUGACAACUACGCCGUCUAAGCAGCAGAGACGACAACGAACACCUAGCAGCAGCCCAUCUCCAAGUCCCAACAACUUGACGCAGCUCCCGUUUGGGCGCGUAGAGCGGGGUCGUCAUAGUGUAGCUCGUGCCGACGAACUCGCCUCUGUGGUGGAGAAGCAGAAGCGCGACAUCCAGCGGUUGCAAACGCAAGUUCAGUUGCUACUGUCAGGGGCAGCAGAUGCACCCCUGGUCCACCAUUACAAAGGAACAGCUCGGGUGAUUCCAUUGUCGCCUUCUCCGUCCUCACAGACGCUGACCCCACUGGAUUCGUCAAAAGGAGCCAUGGUAGUCUCCCGUAUUGGGUCAUUGCGACCGUUGACGCCCGCUCAGGUGCCCGUACCAUUGCAAUCAUCGUUCCUGCUCGCCCCACCAGAGUUUCAUACCAGCGCACCGAUGAAACCCACUGAGGUGGGGCAGAACCAGCAAGAAACCCACGGGAUUUGAGGCCCGCAGCACAACGGUAUCUUUACCUCGGUAAGAAUGAGAAGAUGUGGGUUUUCGGUGAUCGACGAUCCCCACACAGUUUUGACAAAACGAAUCAACCAAACGAAACUGUCGCUUAAAAAAUACCAAUAAGCUCGCAA